AUGUUUUUAAAAACGAGUAUUGAAAGAAUAUAUAAUGAUAAAGAUAUUAAGAAAAAGGAUCAUAUUAAUUUAAAAAAAGCCUGUGAAACAGCUCUUGAAGCGUUAAAAUCUUAUGAAGAAAGUGAUAAUAAUAUAUGUAAUGGAAGUAUACUACCAACCCAACGAGGUUUUGUACUAGCAGAUAAUUUUUUUUUACCAUUUGAAUUGGCAUGUCAGGCCAAGUCAUCUAGAAUUGUUAUAACAUCACUUGAUUGUCUACAAAAAUUAAUUGCAUAUGGUCACUUACAGGGAAAUAUUCUUGAUUAUGAAAAUAACGAUCGAAUGUUAAUUGAUCGUAUUGUUGAAACUAUUUGUUACCCAUUUCAAGGUCCUCAUACAGAUGAUGCAGUACAACUACAAAUUAUAAAAGCAAUUCUUGCAGUUGUAUUGUCACCGAGUUGCCACGUCCACAAUGGAUCGUUACUAUUAGCAAUAAAAACAUGUUUUAAUAUAUAUUUAGCUAGUAAGAGUAAUAUUAAUCAAGCAACAGCUAGAGGUAUAUUAACACAAAUUAUAAACACUGUAUUUGAAGCAUUGCAAAAAAAAUUAAAAGAGAAACAUUUAUAUAAAGUUGAUGAUAAUGAUGAAAAUAUUAUUAAAGAUAUAUUAGAAAGUAUAAUAAAUAAAAUUUCUCAUGAAAUUGAUCCAAAUAUAAAGAAACCAACAUCAAGUAAUAGUUCUAUUAUUGAAGAUAAUAGUGAAUGCUCAGAUUCAAUAUCAAAUGAAUUUUUAAAUGAACAAGUAUCUUUUUCUUGUCCAGAAGAGAAGGAUGCAUUUUUAUUAUUUAGGGCCUUAUGUAGAUUGUCAAUGAAGGCUUUACCUGAUAAUCCAGAUUUUAAGAGUCAUGAAUUACGGUCGAAAUUGUUGUCACUUGAAAUGUUAUUGUUAAUAAUUCAAAAUUUUCAUAUUAAUUUACCAGAUAAGCAUUGCCUUGUUUUUGCUAUAAGACACUAUCUUUGUGUUGCAUUGUCAAAAAAUUCUGUGUCACCAUUUAUUAAUGUUUUUGAAAAAUCACUUGCUAUUUUCGUUUUACUUGUAAACAAAUUUAAAACACAUCUAAAACUUCAGAUUGAAGUAUUUUUUCGUGAAAUAAUACUAAAUAUUCUUGAAAGUGGAUCAUCAUCUUUUGAACAUAAAUGGAUAGUCCUUAAUACUGUUGCUAAAAUAUGUGAAGUUCCUCAAAGUAUUGUUGAUAUCUAUGUAAAUUACGAUUGUCAUUUAACUAGUUAUAAUAUAUUUGAAAAUUUAAUUUCUAUUUUGGCAAAAAUUGCUAUGGGAGGGACUGUUAUUGAUCCAACCAAUUUAACUGUUGUUCAAAUAAAAGAAAAAGAAAAAUGUAUGAAGGUAUUGGGUUUAAAUUCACUAGUUGAAAUAUUACAAUGUUUAACAGAAUGGUAUUCUGAAGUUGGUAGUUAUGCAAAAGUUGCUGAUAAUGAGCAAGAUAGUGAUCCAGAGACAACUUCUAUAUCACAAUUUACACAAUUAAAACAACAAAAAAGUAUUAUUGAACAUGGUAUAGAUUUAUUUGCUAAAAAGGCAACACAUGGAAUAAAAUAUUUACAAGAAAAAAAUAUAGUUGGAACAGAACCUGCCCAAAUUGCUAAAUUCUUUUUUGGUGAAGAUCGUUUAGAUAAAACUGUUGUUGGAGAUUACUUAGGUGAUGGAAAUUCCUUUAAUAAGGAAGUUAUGUAUUCAUAUAUAGAUUUAUUUGAUUUUACAAAUAUGAAUAUUGUUGCAGCAUUACGUUUAUUACUAGAAAAGUUUCGUCUUCCAGGUGAAGCGCAAAAAAUUGAUCGUCUUAUGGAAAAGUUUGCCUCACGGUUUUGUGAAUGUAAUUCUAAUCUUAGAUUAUUUGCUUCUGCAGAUACGGCUUAUGUUUUGUCUUAUUCUAUUAUAAUGCUUACAACUGAUUUACAUUCACCUCAAGUUAAAAAUAAGAUGACAAAAGAACAAUAUAUUGCUAUGAAUAGAGGUAUAAAUGAUUCAGCAGAUUUACCUCAAGAAUAUCUUAGUGAAAUUUAUGAUGAAAUUGCAAGUAAUGAAAUAAAAAUGAAACCAACUUUAAGUGGAAAAAGAAAUACAAAUAAUAAUUUAGUCCAACAAACAGCUCGGCAAAGAAAACUUAUUCAAAAUAUGGAACUUCAAAGUAUUAGUGAAAAUGCUUUUGCUUUAAUGGAACAAGCAGCACGGAAUCACAUUGAAUUUACCAACGCUUCACAUAUUGAACAUGUUAGGCCAAUGUUUGAAAUUACAUGGACACCAUGUUUAGCUGCAUUUUCUAUUGGAUUACAAGCUUCUGACGACAUUGAUAUUUGGAGUAUCUGUCUAGAUGGUUUCAAGUUAGGUAUUAGAAUAUCAUGUCUUUUCCAAAUGUCACUAGAAAGAAAUGCUUAUGUUCAAGCAUUGGCUAGAUUUACCUUGUUAACAGCAAAAAAUUCAAUAAGAGAAAUGAAACCAAAGAAUGUUGAAAGUAUAAAAUUACUUAUGCUUGUUGGUGAGGAAGAUGGAGAUUAUCUUGAGGAAUGUUGGUAUGAUGUAUUAAAAUGUAUUUCACAAUUAGAAUUAGCUCAAAGUCUCGUUACAUCAAAUGGAAAAAAUAAUAUGGCUCCAAAUGGACAAUCUAUACAAUUAUUGUUAAAAAAUAAUGGACAUGUUGAUGAAAAGUUGAUACAUUCAUUACAAGAAUGUUUAGGUGAAGCUUCUAGUCAAAAUGUUAUUGUUGCUGUUGAUAAAAUAUUCCAAAAUUCUUCUAGAUUAAAUGGUGAUGCAAUUGUUCAUUUUGUCACUCAAUUAUGUAAAGUCUCACUAGAGGAGUUGACUGUUCCUGGUAGACCAAGAUUAUAUAUGCUCCAAAAAAUUGUUGAAAUUUCUUUCUACAAUAUGGAUAGGAUUCGUAUUGAAUGGUCCAGGAUUUGGCUUAUUUUAGGUGAACAUUUUAAUGUUGCUGGUUGUAGUUCAAGAGAAAAUGUUUCUCAUUUUGCAUUAGAUGCUUUAAAACAACUUUCGAUGAAAUUUUUGGAAAGAGGUGAAUUACCUAAUUUUAGAUUCCAAAAAGAAUUUAUGAAACCUUUUGAAGUUAUUAUGCAAAAAAGUAGUACUUUAGAAUGUAGAGAAAUGAUUUUGGCAUGUAUUGCAAAUAUGGUUCACUCUCACUCAAACAGAAUUAAAUCAGGAUGGAAAAAUAUUUUUUCACUUUUUAUGGUAGCUGGAAGAGAUAAUAGAUCUCCAAUUGUUGAGUGUGCUUUUCAAACGGUAACUCAUAUUAUUACUGAAGUUUGUAAAAAUAAUUUUAUUUCUAUUGUUGAUUUUUUCCAAGAUGCUGUUAAAUGCCUUUCAGAAUUUUCAUGUAAUUAUAAUUUUCCAGAUAUUUCAAUGGAAUCAAUAAAAUUAAUACGUUACUGUGCUGAUCAUGUUUCUAAAAAUACACAUAUUUUUGUGGAACAUUGUUUUGAUGAUUUAGGAUCUAACACAUCAACACCAUCUAUGGAACUUUCUUCACCGUUAAAAAUUCGUCAAAAUUCUAUGCAAAAAGUUUGGGUUCGUGGAUGGUUUCCUAUAUUCUCAGAAUUAUAUUAUAUUAUAAAUGAUUGUAAAUUAGAUGUUAGAACAAGAAGUUUAACAGUCAUGUUUGAUAUAAUUAAAACAUAUGGUUCAGAAUUUGAAGAUGAAUGGUGGAAAGAUUUAUUUAAUGUAUUAUUUAAAAUUUUUGACUUUUCAAAAUUACGUGACAAUCCAAAUCAUAAAAAUGAAUGGAUGACUACAACUUGUAAUCAUGCUUUAUAUGCUGUUGUUGAUGUUUUUACAAAAUUUUACAAUUCACUUAUUCCAACACAAAUGUUAGCUUUUUAUGAAUUAUUAUAUUUUUUUACAGAACAACUUGAAAAUGAUAAUUUAUCAAGAUCAGCAAUAAAUUGUUUGGAAAUAUUAAUUUUAUCAUGUGGUGAAAAAUUUAAUACAGAAAUGUGGGAUCAUACAAUAGAUUUGUAUGAAAGAAUUUUUGAUAUUACUAUGCCUCAUUGUACAACAAAUUUAUUAAAUUCUAUCUCUCCUACACAUACCAAAAAAGAAAUUAAUAAUGAAGAAAAUAUUAAAAAAAGUAAUGAAUUAACGGCAAAAGAUAAAUCAGAUGAUCAAGAGUUAAAUAUUUUAUUAAAUCAGUAUAUAGCACAAUUAGAACUUGUUAAUUCCAUAAAUUCAUUACUUUUUAAAAAGGUAACAGGAGUAACAUCAUUAGAAAAUAUUGAGGAAUAUGGUUCAACAGACGUGUUUGGUCUUCUUAAUACAGAUCAAUUAUUAAAACUUGUCUCAUCAUUAAUAAAAAGCCACAAAGUAUCUAGAGAAUUUAGUACUAAUUCUGUUAGUCGUACAGUUUUAUGGAAAGCAUUAUUUAAAGGAAAAAAAAAGUUAAAUGUUGUUGAAUCAGAAACAAAAACAGUAAAUUGUGUUUUAAGUAUUCUUUUUAAACUUAUUGAACCUGGAUUUAGUGAGAAAGAACAAACUAUUGUUGAAAAUAUUUACAAAACACUUAGAGAAACAUGUAUGGAUUGUAUUACAUAUUAUCUUUUAUUAGACUCUGCAUCACACAAAACAACAUGGCAACCAAUCAUAUGUCUUAUAUUAAAUCAUAGUGUCGAACAAACCAAAAAUAAUACGAUUGAAGGAAAAGAAUUUUCUAAAUCUCUUGCUCCAAUUAUAUGUAAAUUAAUAGAAAAUGAAGAACCAAAAUGUAUACGAACAUUAGUUAGUAAUUUCUUUGAACAAGCCUUAAAAAAUUAUCUUUAA